CCCUCUCUCAUUAAUCCAAUUCUCCAACUUGUCAAGCUUCAUAAACUGGCUUAGUCUCCGCCCCUCUCUUUCUCUAGAACUAGAAAAAGGAAGAGAGAACAUGGCGUCAUGGUCAUCGUCGUCCACGCAGCGGAGCAGCGGCGCGACCAUGCCGUGCUCCGUGGUAAAGCUCGACGACGACCUGCUGCACCACGAGGAGGAGACCGCCGAGGAGAUCCGGCGCGGCCCGUGGACCGUGGAGGAGGACCUCACACUCGUCAACUACAUCGCCGACCACGGCGAUGGCCGCUGGAACUCCCUCGCCCGCGCCGCCGGGCUUAAGCGGACGGGGAAGAGCUGCCGGCUGCGGUGGCUGAACUACCUCCGGCCGGACGUGAAGCGCGGCAACUUCACCGCCGACGAGCAGCUGCUCAUCCUCGACCUCCACUCCCGCUGGGGUAACAGGUGGUCCAAGAUAGCUCAACACCUUCCUGGGAGGACCGACAAUGAGAUCAAAAACUACUGGAGGACAAGGGUGCAAAAGCACGCCAAGCAGCUCAACUGUGAUGCUAACAGCACCAAGUUCAAGGAUGCCAUGAAGUAUCUAUGGAUGCCUCGCCUUGCUGACCACCACCUUCAGCAAGCAUCUACAGUAGGUGAUCAUCUUGUGCCUGGUCCACCAACGGCCUACAUGGAGAGCUCCGGCAUGGUGACAUCGUCGUCCGACUCGUUUGCAUCGGAGUCAUAUGAUGGUGCACGCUGUGCAAAUGCGAGCGUGGGAGAGAUGAUACAUAGUGGGGAUUGGGUUCAAGAGCAGAAUCAAGGGUUUUGGCCUGAGACAAACCAGAAUUUCCAGCUUCAAGACUCGGAGUUGUCUGGAUGGGUACAAGGGUUCUCCGAGUCCGACAGCCUCGCUGAGAAUUUUUGGAGUUUGGAGGACAUUUGGAAGAUGCAAUGAUUUAUAUUCUAUGUUGGAAAAGGGUCACGUGCAUAUACGAUUUAUGGUCGGCAUGGUGGUGUUGAGUUAGAUGCGUCACUUAUAUGGAGAAAAAACUAGAGUUAAUUAGUUUAUUCUAACUCGAAAAGUCACUAUUUUAUAGAACAGUGAUUAAAGUUC